UUUAAAUCAAAACAAAACGACCGUUUUCGUUUUGCUUAUUUUAAUUUAUUUAAUUGAUUUUAUUUAUUAUGAACGAUUUAUUGUUGAAUGAUACUUUAGAGAAUUUUUAUUUCAGCCAGAGGACAAACAACAUAAUUAAAGAAAAUCUAGAAUUUAACUCCAAAAAUGUUUUAAAUAACCUUACGAACUUGAACGGAAUAUUUGAUGAUUCGUUAAAUUUUUCUCAACUUACAUUCGCAAAUAAUGAAUGUGAACAUUCAAACGAAACCGAAAUACCUAAGGAUGAUUCGAAAGAGACGCCACAGGAAGAUAACUCGAUUAAUUUAGAUGGAAAUAGUUCAAAUUCUAUCGACAGUAGUCCUGUUGAAAUUCAUUCCCAGGUGCAAUUGAGUAAAUUAUCAACAUGGGACUUACCGGAAAGUAUACUGCGAAAAUACGAAUCAAAAAAUUUAACGACGAUGUUUCCUUGGCAAGUGGAAUGCUUAAGCUUGCCCGGCGUAUUAGAGGGUAAAAAUUUAGUGUACUCGGCUCCUACAUCUGCUGGUAAAACUCUAGUAGCCGAAUUAAUAGCCAUAAAAACUAUAAUAGAGCGCAAGAAGAAAGUCAUCUUCAUUUUACCCUUUGUAUCGAUAGUUAGGGAAAAAAUGUUCUACUUCCAAAAUUUAUUAGAAGGCAUUGGCAUAAGGGUAGAUGGCUUCAUGGGAUCUUACCACCCUCCGGGAGGGUUUAAGUCCCUUCAAUUAGCCAUUUGCACCAUAGAAAAAGCAAACAGUCUGAUUAACAGACUAAUGGAAGAAAACCAGUUGAGUGACAUAGGGGCUGUGCUUAUAGAUGAAAUGCAUUUACUUGGAGAUUCUAGUCGAGGAUAUCUUUUAGAACUCCUUUUAACAAAAUUAAGAUAUGUUAGCAAAAAAGAUGAUUUACAAAUACAACUGAUCGGUAUGUCAGCUACACUUCCGAAUCUAAAAGAAGUAGCAAAUUGGUUGGAUGCCGCAUUGUAUACCACCGAUUAUCGUCCAGUUCCUUUGAAAGAACAGGCCCUCGUUUGCGGGGAAAUUUACGAUAAUAAUUUAAAGCCACUCAGAAAGUUAGAAAUCCUUCCGGAAUUGGGCAAAGACAGCGAUAACGUCCUGCAGCUAUGUUUAGAAACUAUUAAAAUGUCCUGUUCGGUCCUCAUCUUCUGCCCCACUAAAACCUGGUGCGAGAGCCUCGCCUUACAAAUCGCCAAGGGAUUUAUGAAUUUAGGAUCUUCCGGGAGCUGGUCCGAAUUACUGCGAUCUCAAUUAGAUAGAAAUUUGAUCGUGGAAUUGCUGGAGCAACUGAAGAAUUGCCCGGUGGGGUUGGACGAGGUUCUGCUGAAAACCGCGUCGUUCGGAGUCGCUUUUCACCAUGCCGGUUUGACUAUGGAUGAAAGGGACAUUCUCGAAGGCGCGUUCCGGAACGGCGCUCUAAGAGUAAUCGUCGCCACUUCGACUCUCUCUUCAGGCGUGAAUUUACCCGCUAGACGAGUUAUUAUCAGAACGCCGAUGUUCCAUGGGAAACCUUUAGAUCCGUUGGUUUAUCGACAAAUGAUCGGCAGAGCCGGACGGAUGGGUAGAGAUUCGGAAGGAGAAAGUUUCGUGAUAGGCCAGAAAUCCGAUUUGCCGAAGAUUAAAAACUUGAUGACGACCGAAUUGAAUCCGGUGAAAAGUUGUUUGGAAAAAGGCGGGAAACUCAAUCGAGCCAUUUUGGAAGUCAUAGCGAGCGGAGUGGCUUCUACUCCCGAAGAUGUCAAAUUGUUUACGGAAAAUACUCUAUUAGCAUCGGGAUGUUUCGAUGAUUUGAUUAAUCCCGUCGAUGAAGCCUUGGAUUUCCUGCAAGCGAACGAAUUUGUCAGGCUGCAGGAACUGGACAAGGGACAUGAGAAAUAUCAACCGACAGCGUUAGGGAAAGCUUGUUUAUCAUCAUCUAUUGCACCCGACGAAGGUUUAUCACUUUUUAAAGAAUUAGAAAAAGCUAGGCAAUGCAUAGUACUCGAAACGGAAUUGCAUUUGAUUUAUUUAGUUACGCCGUACAACGCUUGUUAUUCCUGGGAGAAUAUCGAUUGGAUGCUAUUCCUCGAUUUAUGGGAAAAGUUACCUCCGAGCAUGAGAAAGGUAGGAGAAUUAGUCGGUAUCCAAGACGCUUUCCUCGUCAAAGCCACCAGGAGUAAAAUUUUAACAAACACGGAAAAACUCUUUCGCAAGUAUUUAGUACACAAGAGGUUCUUCGUGGCGUUGGCAUUGCAGGAUUUAGUCAACGAGAAACCUCUGAAUUGGGUGUGCGACAAAUUCUCUUGCAAUCGAGGCAUGCUUCAAUCGUUGCAACAAUCCGCCUCCUCUUUCGCCGGAAUGGUGACGGCUUUCUGCAAGCAAUUAGGUUGGACGAGCAUGGAACUCCUGCUGUCCCAGUUCCAAGAGAGAAUGCAAUUCGGCGUUUCCAGAGACCUGUUGGACCUGAUGCACCUGUCUGUUCUGAGCGGCAAAACGGCGAGAUUGCUGUACAACGCCGGUCUGGAAACCGUCAUUCAACUGGCUAAUUCCGAUGUGCCCUGCAUAGAGAACGUCCUCCACAAAUCCAUGCCGUUCGAGAGCGACAAAAAUCGCGAAGGCGAAUCGGAUUCGGGCAAACAGCGACGCAACAAAUACAGAAACGUUUGGAUAGCCGGAAGGGAGGGUUUGAGCGAGCGCCAAGCGGCCGAAAUUUUCGUCGCUGAAGCCCGAAAGUAUUUGAAAAUCGAAUUGGGUUUAGUCGACGCUAAAUGGGAUAACGAGCAAGAGAGUUCCUGUACGAUUGUUGAUGCUAUAAGUGAUGAUAAAAUUAACUUAAAUACUACAAAUAAUACUCACAAUAGUGAAGAUCAUCAUAGUUCUACAGAAGCGACGUUAAUUCAUAAUGUAAUUGAGGAUAAUAACAAUAAUAACCGCACGACUCUUCAUGUAAAAGACACUAUUGAUCACAACGAUCAAAGCAAAUCGAUUCAACCUAACGAAAACCCUGUGGAAACUGUAGAAGAGAAUCCGAACGAUCUCUCGUUGGAGCUCGAAAGAAAAUGCUCGUUGAAUUCACCGAAGAAAGUCGUCAGUAAUUUACUAAACGACAUUUCGAUAUCGGAUUUUUCCGGUACGUUCUCUGAAAUUUCUUCCAAUCAUCGUAACACUUCCACUGAACGAAUUCAAUCCGAUGAAAGCUCGUUGGAAGAGAAUUUUUCGUUGCAAUUGUCCCAAGAGAAGGAUUCCAGUGCGUUGUUUCAAACUGCCUUCAACGACACGUUUCGUUCGGAUGAAGACAUGUUUUGCAAUUCAAUGGAAAACAGCGAGUUACUAUCCAUUUCUUCGUCUAAUAAACGCAAAGAGAUCAGUUUCGAAGAGAAGAUGGAUACAAAGAAGUUUAAAGAAGUGGAAACUAAAAAUAUUGGAGAUGGUAUGUACAACUGGAAGUCUAAUGUUGGUUGUAAUAGAGAUUUUGGUAACGUGGAACUAAUUAAAGUUUGCGAAAAUACUUCGUUAUUGGAUACAUUCAGAAACGAGCUCAAAACGAAAAAAGCAUUCGCCUUUUCUAUUGCUUGCAGCAGAUUUGUAAAAGCGCACCAAACCAUCGGCACGAACAUUUUAAAGCUACAAAACGGGCACCGAAACGAUUCCAACGACUCUCCCAAGGGUUUCGUUUGCGACGAAAGGAAGCUCGAAGGUUUCGCGUUCUCGUGGAAGAGCAACUCGGCGUUUUACUUGAGCAUGGACAACGUGAAAUUACACCAAACGAUUCUGAACCUCCUGAAGGUGGUGUUCAGAAACCGGGGCGUUAGUGUGCGGAUGUUUGAUUCCAAGAGGCAAAUAAAAUUUUUGAAGAAUUGCUGCGGUAUAAACUUCUAUUGUAAAAUCGACGAUCCGAAUAUCGGCGAUUGGUUAUUGGAGCCCGAGGAGAGCGAAAAAACGUUCCAAUCGAUGGUUUUGAAAUAUUAUCCAGAAGGGUUAGAAUUGGCCCGGUCUGUGGGAGAUUAUAAAGGCGCAGGGAGCAUCGGUUUGAACGUUUGCAGUACAGUUGAUCCUAUGAAUAGGUCGUCAAUAGAGGCAGUUUUGACGUGGCAUUUGUCGGAUAAUUUGAAUGAAUUGUUGCUCGGGCAAUAUCCCAAUUUAUCAGACACUUUCGAUAUCGAAAACAACGUUAUGUUAAUUCUAGCAAAAAUUGAACUAAACGGAUUUAGCGUCAACAAAACAUUGCUAAAUAAUCUCCUAGAAAACAUAAAAAGCCAAAUUAUUAUCAUUGAAAAGAAAGCAUAUUCUCUAGCAGGAAGAAAAUUCAAUUUUUUAUCGUCCGCAGACGUGGCGAAAGUCACAGGCAUAUUCAAAGGAAAAAAAGUCAGUACCAGAAAGGAAAUUUUAGAAAAAAUCGAACAUCCCAUAUCGGAUUUAGUCCUGCAAUGGAGAAAACUGCAUUCUAUUCUCACCAGAACCGUAUAUCCUUUAAUCAACGCCAUAAAAAUAGACAAAAUCCAUGGCUGUUAUUACACCUACACAGCGACAGGUCGAAUAAGCAUGCACGAACCGAGUUUGCAAACCAUCAACCGAGAUUUCAGCAUCUCGAUUUCGACCGGCGGAAACACCAUCAGUUGCAGGGAAAUAUUCGAAGCUACAGAAGGAUACGAGUUACUAUCAGCCGAUUAUUGCCAAUUAGAAUUAAGAAUCCUCACGCAUUUCUCCGAAGACGGAUUGCUAACUAAAAUAAUGAGCGAACAAGGAGACGUUUUCAAAUCGAUAGCCGCCAAGUGGAAUAGAAUCACAGAAGACGAGGUGACGGAUAGUAUUAGACAAAAUGCGAAGCACUUGUGCUACGGUAUAAUUUACGGUAUGGGUUGCAAAACGCUGGCUGCUCAACUGGAUUCCAGCGAGGAAGAGGCCGCGGAAUUCGUGGAAACUUUUAUGAGGACCUAUCCCGGUAUAAAAUCGUUCAUAAAUCGCACCUUAGAAAGAUGCAGGAGGGACGGGUACGUCGAGACGAUUAGUGGCAGAAAGAGGUACUUGCCGCACAUAAACGAGUGUAAUUUAGUAAAAAAAGGGCAAGCUGAGAGACAGGCGGUGAACACGAUUGUGCAGGGUUCAGCGGCGGAUUUAGUGAAACGGGCUAUGAUCACGGUAGAUAAGGAAUUGGAGGAGAUUUUCCACAAAGCGAAAAACAAGCCCAAGUUGGUGUUGUUUUUGCACGACGAAUUAAUGUACGAAGUUCCUAUUAAGUAUUUGAAGAAAGUGGCCAAGGUGAUUAAGAGAAACAUGGAAAGUUCUUUUGGGCUUUCGAUACCGUUCCCUGUGAAAUUAAAGCACGGGAAGUCGUGGAGCAAUUUAAUGGAAUUUAAUUUAUAAAUUGAUUAUUUGGUAUAUUCUUUAUAUUCAAAACGAAAAAUCGAUUGCUUUUUUUCAUAAUCAAUUCGAAAGAUUGUUUGUUUUUUUAUUAAUUCUAAUUGAAUGUAUUUUUUAUAAACAAUAAGACCUACUAUUGUAAAUUAUUAUGAUCAAAGUUAAUCGUUAAAUUAUGACAUUUUCACACCAAACCUUAAUUUUCAGCAGUAACUGUUUCAUUUUCCGACGUGUCCAUACCAUUCUCUUCAUUGGUGGUCGAAGUGACCUCGUCAUAUUUAUUUGAUUCUUCAUUUGGAACAUUUUGCAUUUGACCUAAAUACUCCUCUUGUAACUCUUUAAUCUGAUUCUGGUAAUCGGCGUAUUUCAUUUGAAGUACCUUCUCUCUUUCCAUCUGCCUAUUCACGUCCUCAGUAAGAGACUAAAAAAAAUGCAACAAUUACAAUCGAUUCAUCAAUAAUUAAUUCUUCAACAUUUACCUGUAUUCGCAUCGGCAAAGCGUUCUUCUCCUGCUCGGCCAGGAAUUUGAACGUGUUCAACUCCAACGUCGAUUGAUCGAUGCUCUCGUAUUGAUCCUGUAACUGUUUAAUCAGCACCUGCGCCCUGGAUUGGUAACCGCCCGUUAAUAUCUUCAAUUUCUUCUCCAUCUUGGCGGCGCGUUUGGCCUCCUUGGCCAUGUGCGAUCGGUUCUGUUCCAGCCGCUUUUCCGCCGAUUCUAAUCUAUCUUUUUUGCUCGCCAAAUGCGCGCGGGUGUACCUCGUCUGAUUCGGAAGAUACAGAACUUGGCCCAGGCACUCUUCCCAUACCUACGAAUUUCAGUUAGUUUUGUAAUGGAGAAGACCACGAUGUGAGAUAUGCGGAUUUCGGCAAAAGAUACGAUUAGAAAUGAUUUUAGAGCUCAAAACCGUUUUCAGUUGCUUAAAAUUAGGCUAUACACCUUGCUCCAUUUCCGAUUGCAAUAUGGUCAUUUCUAUGAGUGGAACAAAGAAAGAUUAUUGAAAUGACAGCUGUCAGAGUGAAAAGUUGCAAUGACACAAAUGUCACUAUUUCUUUUUCCUUUAUAAGUGUCUAAUGGAAGUUGUCUUUGUUGCACCCAUAGCCUAUGUUGCAAUGAAAAAUGGAGCAAUCUGUAUGUUAAAAAGGACAGCUCAUAUGGUUCAGUACUUACUAAUUAUUUCUGUACAAACAAUGGAGAAGACCACGAUGUGAGAUAUGCGGAUUUCGGCAAAAG